AUGGUGACGCUCACAUGGAAGACUCUUCUGCAAGGAUCCCUGGAUCAGGAGGGCGAAGAAGUCGAAAUUGAAAUAGUCAAUGGCCAAGAUCAAUCAAACGGUGGGGUCGUCAAAUCUCGUCGCAAAGACCGGGGCAAGUGGCCGUCUCUCUAUGACGAAUGCCAAACCAUGUUGGCUUCGUCGGUGCUCAUGUAUGCAGUGACAGAUCUUCGACAUCAAAUACGACUUGGAAAGAUUACGGAUCCCGACAUUGCCGAACCCUUCAUCUCAACUCCAACAACAGCCCAAGCACUGCUCCCAGUGGUAGAAGAACACAAGGAGGUCUUCAAUCAAAUGCUCGGACAGGCUGCCUCUUCCAAAGAUGAUGGAGAUCCAGACAAUUAUGCCUAUCUGGAUUUGGUACUCGCCAAACGUCAGAUGGAAGAUCCCACGACCAUAAAGGAUCCCUGGAAGGACGGAUUCGUGCUUCUGGAAAUUGAUGAUGAAAGAAGCCAGAGAGAAAUGGUGUACUCCAUCUCGCUCAAUCAUCCAAAGGAAUGGAUUGAGAUUUGCUUCAGAGGGAGCGUCACAAUAAGAGACUUUAUGGUUGACGCUGAUCCAUUCAUGGAAUGGUACCCUAAUCCUGUACCAAACAAUAUUCGUGGUCAUCCUCAGGACAAGUUGAUUGGUGUGCAUUCUGGGUUUGUUUUCUACAUGAGCCAAACCAUAUCGAAGCUGGGAGAGGGAAAAGCCAAACGCAUAAGAGACUACGUCAUAAAUCUCCAGAAAGAGUAUCCUCACUACAGAGUGUAUACGACUGGGCACUCUUUGGGCGGAGCCUUUUUGCACUUUCCCGACCUUGCUCUUGUUCUCUGGGGCAGAGCCACACUGAUGGCAUUUUUGCUGGCAGUGGAAGAUGGGAUAACAGGUCCGGUAUCAUGCGUCAGUGUGGCAUCACCAAUGGUUGGAAAUGUCGGUUUCCUCAAUGCUUUUCAGGAGCAAAGAUACUGGCAUGUCGGAGCAAAAAUUCUUCUUUACAAGGACCAAAGCUGCGCUGUGCGCUAUCGAAGAAGGGUCUUGAGCUACAGAGAACGGGUCAAACAAGAAUGGUCCAUAAAAGGAACCGUAUGUAAGAAGUUGCGCAAAUUAUUUCGGGCAGGGGAUUGUGGAAGCGGGGAGGGAGAUUUUUUGAAGAACCACAGUUGCAAAGAAUACAUUGAACGGCUAGACGCGAUCGAAGAUCACCUGAAAGGGCGUUCGCUUCAGGAACUCUACGUUCGGCAGGCACGAAGCUCCAUCAAUGUUUUACGGCCUCCUGAAUUGUCCCAGUUGCAGGAGGACUUGGAGUUGGAUCAUCAGGAAACCACCACCAACGUUUGA